AUGCGGGAGCUGGGGGAACCUCCCCCGCGGUUGCAUCACUCCUGCCGGGUUUGCUACAGAGGUGAAGCCGAGCCAAUCACCGGGCGCGCUGGGCCGGGGGCUGGCCUCUCAGUUACCCACUCAGAGGGCGGCGCGGUUAACCGGGAAGCAAAACACGAAGGUGAUUGGUCAAAAGGGGAUUUGCCCCGCCCCAAUCACCGCGGCAGCUGGCGCGGUGGGCGGGGGCCCGCCCGGCCGGAGGGUUUAAAAGGCGCCUCCGACGGGGCCGCGCAGCUGGAGCGACCGAGCGGUGCCAGGCCAGGUGUGCGCGUCCGUCGGUCCUUCCGUGCCCGCGCCGGAGACCAGCCUCGGAGGCCGCCGGGCCUCCCUGAGCCCGGCACCAUGAAGCAGAAGUCCACAGCCCAGAACACCCCGCCCGCCUCGCCGUCCCUCUCACCAGCCCCCUCGCCACCCCCCUCGCCACCCGCGCAGCAUCCCCCGGAUGACGGCGACCCCCAAGCGCUGUGGAUUUUCGGGUAUGGCUCCUUGGUGUGGAGGCCCGACUUCGCCUACAGUGACAGCCUUGUGGGCUUCGUGCGCGGCUACAGCCGCCGCUUCUGGCAGGGAGACACCUUCCAUCGGGGCAGCGACAAGAUGCCUGGCCGUGUCGUGACCCUCCUUGAAGAUCGUGAAGGCUGCACUUGGGGUGUGGCAUACCAGGUUCGAGGUGAGCAGGUGAGCGAGGCCCUGAAGUACCUGAACGUGCGGGAAGCAGUACUUGGCGGCUAUGAUACCAAGGAAGUCACCUUCUACCCCCAAGAUACCCCUGACCAGCCACUCAAGGCAUUGGCUUAUGUGGCUACCCCCCAGAAUCCUGGUUACCUGGGCCCUGCACCUGAGGAGGCCAUUGCAACACAGAUCCUGGCUUGCCGCGGCUUCUCUGGCCACAACCUCGAGUACUUGUUGCGCCUGGCGGACUUCAUGCAGCUCUGUGGGCCCCAGGCACAGGACGAGCACCUGGCAGCCAUCGUGGACGCUGUGGGCACCAUGCUGCCCUGCUUCUGCCCCACCGAGCAGGCUUUGGCACUGGUCUGAGGGGCUGAGCCCCUGCAGGGAGUGUCCACAUAGACAUGGGGCCAGGUCCCCACUUUUGUGCACACAGCGGACUG